AUGCCACCGGAAUGUUUCGGUGGUACUGGCAUCGGUGAAGACAAGAAACAAUUGGUUCUAUAUCGUCGGCAAGAACUGGUGAAUGAGUGGAACGAAAUCGAGAGGUGCUGCAUCCGGACCUACUCUCACUUAUGGAUCCAUGGUCCACCGGGCACAGGGAAAUCAUGUGCAGCGCUCGCUUAUGCUUGCUCGCUCGAUCGAUCGGAGUGGGAUGUACUUUGGAUUCACAGUUCCGGGCGUAGAGAUCGGUGGCUUAACUGGUUGCAAGGUACAGAAGAAAAAGGGACUAAGCGAACCUGUCGCUUUGGCCAUCGGAUGACGGACUCGUAUCUGCCACAAGUGCUUGACGCGGCCUCUAUCGCUAGAGAAACCAGACCAGCCGUCAACAAACCAACUUUGAAGAAGAAAUCGGAGGAACUAUAG